GAUUCAGGUGAGAGAAUACAUGACUGAACCAAAACAGCAAAGGGCCAUCAAAAAGCGGAAGUACAGCCGAGCUGGGUGUCAAGAGUGUAAGAGGAGGAAGAUAAAGUGUGAUGAAUUCAGACCCAUCUGCCAAAACUGUUCAAAGGCCAAAAAAGAAUGUUCGUUCCAGAGUCUGACUGCAGCACCCGACGAGUCCACAAAGGGAGAUUCGAGUGGUCUCGAAAGCUAUAGAGUGGUAUCAGUACCGCUGGUAGUAUCCACUUCUAAUGGGAAAGCCGUCUCAUCAUCGACAACCAUAAAACCACCAGUGGAUGGACAAUAUGGAUUUUCAAACUUUGCGGAUAGUUCACUUUCUUUUCCAUCAGGAACAAACCCCAUAAGAUCCCAAUCACCUCCCAACUCCCAAAAUGGAGCUGAUGUGAGUAAAAGUAGAGAUAUACUAAGUUAUUCCACUGGUAAUGAUGAGCACGCCUUAUACUCUAGUGCAUCGGUAUUUGCCCAUGACUUGACAGAUCUUCUCGAGGUUCGAAUGGAUGACAUUCCUGAGAACUUGGUGGACUACAGGACUCCGUUGUUUGAAGACAAACUGCCUCUCAAGUCGAUUUCAGAAGAUCUAUUUAAUGACCAUUCCAUCCAAAAUUUGAUUGUAGCCUACGACAUGGUGGAUGGAUAUAAGAACUACUUGAGGUUGUUCUACGAGAAGUACUCGCUCUGGUUGAUGCCCCUCUCCCCCGUGAGUGGGCUGAAGAAUUUCUUUAAAAAGGUCAUUAUUCAUCAGGCUCAAAGAUACCCAUUUCUUCUUAAUGCCAUUUUUUCAAUCACCGCUGCUUUUGAGUACGAGGCUACCAAGAGUCCCACAGACGAGUACUAUCGGAGGUUUUAUGUGAGCUUGAGUUUGAAGGGGUUAAAAGACGCCUUUGACCAUAUGGACAAGAACAAUGAUGUGAUACACUACAUUGAACCCUUGAUCUUAACGAGUUUAUUGUUUGUUACCCAAACAGCUGCAGCCACUAAUGGCUCCUGGAGAGACCAUUUGCGGGGCGCUAACAAUCUUUUCAAACAAUACUUGUCCAUUCGCAAGGUAUCCUCACCAGUUAUCUUGAUAGCUACCACUUGGUUUGCAUCAUUCGAAAUCAUUGCCUCCAUGACAAACCCUGUAGGUGGCUCUAUCAAAACGGAAGAGCUCUUAGAGGAUAUAUUGUUACCAAUUCUAUACAAAGAUGAUUGGAACUUGGCCAUACAAUUGGGUCUUGUAUUACCCAGCGGGUAUAACGUUUUUCUAGGCCAGUCUUCUGCAACUGUUUUUCUAUUUAUUCGAUUCUUGAAGUUGUCCCUCAAGAUCAAAAACAGUGCAUUCAAAAUAGCAGAUUCAGAUGACUUGUUGGAAAUUGCUUCUUUGGCUGAACAAGCAUUGAAACUCAGUGUCACUUCUCAAAAUGGGCUCAUUGAGCCUACAAGUCCAUACCAUCCCAAGACAAAUGGGAUAAACUUUCUUCCUUAUGAAACUUAUGGAUAUAAAGACGACAUUGUGUUCUCUUGGUUUGAUAUUAGUGAUAAAAUCCACCUAAGGGGGCUAUACUUGACUGUGUUAACAGAUCCUAUGUAUUUUAAUUUGCCGGUUGAGAGUCUAUUGGUCCAGGACGUGGUUCACAAAAUAUUGGACAUGUGCCACUUUUACCAUGGUAUUGAUUUCAGUAACCUGGACACUUUUGAUUUCGAUGCUGUCAUCAAGGCGAACCCCAUUCUUCACGAUAGAAGAUUGCUCAUGCUCCAUUCAUCCUUGUUGAAAUGUGGCUUGUGCUGUGUCGACAAGGUUGAUAGACUACGGAUCCAAUUGUAUUUUAAAUCCAUGAUUAGUUUUGGAGCCACAACUGUGGAAAACUCGUAUAGACAGAUUCAGGCUGGCUGGAGAGGAGAUAAGAAAAACUUGGAUUUCGUACCCUAUUUAUAAUCUAUGUAAUUUUAUUCAAUGUACUAUUAUCAUUAUCACAAAUCGUUAUAUGGAGUAGAGUAUAUUUUGGGAGGGUAAGGAGGAUUAUCAUACAAUUCAAACUCGUUGUAUGUUUUUAGUACAUAAUCCUCGAGUUGUUUGCAGAAGGCAAUUACGUCCUUUUGAUCGAAAUGGCCCUCCUUUCUCUUCAACUGUUCUUUCUUGUGCUUUAACAUUUCCUCCAAUCUGGAAAACCGAUAUUCACACCAAGCCGGGUAAUAUUCAUCAUGGAUAGAACGAGGGAGC